GAAUAUGCUGUUCUCAUGUAUGAUGCAUUCGGAAAGAUGGGCAGCAAUGUCGAAGGAGGAAAUGCCAACCAGCCUGGCCUGUCGUCGGAGUGUCUCUCUGCACACGGUCCCGCCUUCUCUGGACAGUACUGCCAAGUGUUCCUUAGGCAGGGAACAGUCCAGUACUUUGUGGGUAUUUGUGUUCCUGACUCCUGUGGAGAAGACGAUGUGCAAAUGCUGGUGCUGUACGGGAGACUUCAGUUUGGUCAGAUGUCCCUCAUUCCUCCUUUACCUCCCAUCCUGGUCAAUCAGUCCACUCAGGAAAUGAUCAUGACCCACUGUUUGCCCAAAACCAUUGUCCCUGAUGCAUCAGAUGUCACCUGUCUGUUUGUGUGUUGUUUAAUGGUAGCAAUUCCUCUUGCGGCUACCCUGUUUACAGCUAUAAUAAGAUGGCGACGAAGCAAAGAGGUCAGUCCCACAACAGAGUCUUCCUGUCUAACCUCUGGCCUCAACCUUUAUGGGACCCUGAAGACCAAUCGCUCCUCCAGUAGCAAUAAUAAUAGUAGCACCUCAGAAGACGUUAGUAACAGCACCAGGCAGACUCCAAUGUGUUUUCCUCGGAGCUGUGUGUACCGGUUCCUUCAGGCGUUCUCUCUACAGACCACCAGUCAGGGUGUGUUUAGCACCUCCUCGUCCAUCCCAGGAGGAGGCUACUCCUCCCUGAAUGGCAUCCGUGUACUCAGCCUGUUAUGGAUCACAUGUGGACACUCUGCACAGUUCCCCGUAAUAACCAACCUGGAUAACUACAAAGACUGGAAAAAAACAGUUGAAAGCAACCCCUUGCAUGUGCUUACCAUCAGUGGGCCUGUUUUUUUGGCUGUGGAUACCUUUUUACUGCUAGGGGGUCUGCUUAGUGCAAGGUCUCUGCUGGGCUCCAUCGACAGGGCUGAAGACAAACUGAGCCCCAGUUUGGUGGGCAACUACCUCUUCAGGAGGAUUAAAAGGGUUCAACCACUGCAUAUGUUUAUUAUGUGUCUAACCAUUGGCCUCAUGUCGCUGCUCCAGGGUGGACCCUGGUUCCAAUUUCUAGAUACACAGAUGGAUUGUAAGACGUACUGGUGGGCUAACGUACUGUUGAUUAGCAAUCUCCUCCCAGUCCAUGAGAUAUGUAUUCCUUGGACAUGGUACCUGUCUCUGGACUUCCAGUGUUAUGCCACCACUCCUCUGUUGGUCUAUUUUUACAGACUAAACAGAGGUGUGUUUGCGGUCAUCGUUGGAGGCCUUCUGCUGUUGACCACUGCGGCCGGUGCUAUUAUAACUGCACUCAUGCACCUGCCAGUCUUUCAGCCGUCUACACUGACAUCUGAUAAUUAUGCCUUGCAUUACUAUGUGAAACCAUACACCAGAUAUGGGCCGUUUUUAAUAGGGAUCUUGACUGGAAUAUAUUUGAAAACAAAGAAGGAUCAGCUGGUAAAGAAAAAGUGGCAGGCAGCACUUGGCUGGUUCUGCUGUCUGUUAUUCUUGGCUGUGUUGGUUGCAUUGGCCUACGUCCUCAAGGAGACCCCAGCCUAUCCAUCUGUGGCACAUGCCCUCUACCAGGCACUGCACAGGCCGCUCUGGACUCUGGCUGUGACCUGGAUCAUACUGGCCUGUGAGGAAGGUUACGGAGGUUUUAUCAAGAGCCUCUUGUCAUUGGGUUUCUGGAGUCCUCUUUCCAACAUUAGUUUUGCCUGCUAUCUGACACAUCCUGUCUUCAUGAUCCUCUACAAUGGCUUGCAAGAAACCCCAAUCCACUACACAGACAUCAGCUUCAUGUACCUGUUCUUUGGCAACCUGUUGCUCACGCUGGGGGUCAGCUGUGUGCUUACUGUGCUGGUUGAGAAGCCAUACGUCCUCCUAAAGUGGAGCAGUACAUAACAAGACACACAGUCAGAACGUUUUUAUAGUGAUUGCUGAAGUUAAUGGUUCUUUAGUUUUAAUGUGAAAUCAUAACGACAGAAAUAAAACUGGUAAAAAUAUCUAACUGAUCUAACUGCUAGUGAA